UCUCAGUAAGGGCAAAGAAAAGUUUGCACGGCCUCAGUCCAUCCGCAGAACACCGCAAGAACCCUUUAUUUUUUGCUUGUACUUUUGGAAGAUGACCACAGCUGUGGUGCCACCUCUCUUUGACUUCGGCGAAGUUAUCAACAACAAGAACAAAAUGCUGAAUUACAACAACAACAUCAUCGGUGCCCCACACACCAUGUCUGUGCCUUGUACUGGAGUGAAUCUGUCCAUCUCCAGCCCCACUGGGAACCUGCUGGACAGGAAGGCUGUGGGGACGCCCUCCAUCGGUGGGGUUUACCAACGACGGCACUCGGUCACUCUGCCCAACAGCAAGCUCAACCAGAACCAGUUUCUGAGCAAUGGGAAGAUGGACCAAGUGCUGCUAAGCUCAGGGAUGGGCAGCAGCAACAAAGAGAACCGGCUCCGGGAUCGUUCCUUCUCGGAGACCGGGGACCGGCUGAUGCAGAAGUGCACUGGAUCUGGGGGCAACGGGAGCAGCCAAGUGAACUCGAGCCGCUACAAAACGGAGCUCUGCAGACCUUUUGAGGAAAACGGUGCCUGCAAGUACGGCGACAAGUGCCAGUUUGCCCAUGGCAUUAAUGAGCUGCGCAGCCUUAGCCGCCACCCCAAGUACAAGACUGAACUCUGUCGCACCUUUCACACGAUCGGCUUCUGUCCGUAUGGGCCCCGCUGCCACUUCAUCCACAACGCCGAAGAGCGACGUGGACCUUCGGCCUCCCUGUCCCCGCUGUCCACCUCCAACAAACUGGAGAGACCACGGCUCCAGCACAGCUACAGUUUUGCUGGGUUUCCAAGCUCCGGAGGCCUGAGAGACAGCCCCACCUCUGUGACACCUCCACCCAUGUUCUCUCCAGAUGAACUGCCAGAGUGGCCCAGCAGCAAUCCCUUUACUUACUCCAGCCAGGAGCUGGCCAACCUCUUCGGCCCAAGCUUGGGCAACGGAUCUGGUGCUCAUCCUGCAGGGCAUGCGCCAUGUUCUCCGACUGCCACCUCCUAUUACUUCAGGCCUAUGUCAGAGUCUCCUCAUCUUUUUGAGUCUCCGUCCAGCCAGCCAGACUCCCUCUCUGACCAGGAGGGCUAUCAGAGCAGCUCGGGUGGAAGCCUUAGUGGCUCAGAAUCACCCACCCUCGAUACCACCCGUCGUCUUCCCAUCUUCAGCAGGCUAUCCAUCUCAGAUGACUAAACGCACAAGAUUCAGAUCCUUCAAUGCAACUUAACAGCAAUUGGUAGAGAGUAGGUUUCUCUUCCUGCUGCUUGCUCUUUAGCGCUCUAGGGGCAGCAGACUUCCCUGGUAUCACGUAGGCUUUAAAAAAAAGAUGCAGUAAGUUAAGGGAACUCCAUUUUGAAACUUCAUUUAAUCACAACAAGCAAAAACGUCCACUCAAUCCUUUGGCCCAAAGUAUGUUUGCUGCCUUGGCCUGAUAUUAGAUGCCCUGCAAUGAUAUGUGACUGUGCCAAAACAGCUAGAGCAGGAAGUGGAUUGGUAAAAAAUAAGACUAUUGUGCCAGCCAGGUACUAUUGCUUCAGUAGUGCAUAGCAGAGCCACAGAUGGCACAUUCAGGGAAUAGUUCUGCGCCGAGGAUCGUCGCCACCACCGCCCCCCACGACUUACAUAGUACCACUCAAGGACACUCUUAACUAGCUCAAAGGGCUCGCUCAAAUCAUUCACAUCUGUAUAAUGCAUACCAAUUUAAAGAACAACAAACAAGUGCCUGGUGUUUGUAAGUGUUGAGGUGAAAGGACUACUGUCGUUUUUUUUCUUGAGACCUGGUAUAGUAGCUUUUGCUUUGAGCAUUCCUCUGCUCUUCAGUUAGAUGGCAGACUACAACAGUCUGUAGGAAGGACUUUUCAUGAGGUUGAAACUAGGAACUCCAGAGUACAUUUUGUUUAAUCAUGUGCUCCAGCUGGGUCCUAAUACAAGCACAAACCCUGAUAUUGGAUGCCUAUACUCACAAACCAACAAUUCACUUCCCCCCUUCAGUCACUUGGUGUUUGUUGGAACGGAAUUGCCUAAACCCUUAAACUGACUUUCUCCUCACCUUCCAAUCAACACGGGGGAAUUCCAGCAUUCCCAAGGUGCAGCUUAACUUCCUGCAGCUUCACUUUAGAUCUCCAAGCUAAUCUGCUUUUCUGUAGAAGUCACUCAGAGGAGCGUUUGGCUUAUUUCAUCAUAUCCUUUCACCUCUGUAUUUUAUUAUUAUUUUCUUCUUGUCAUUGUUUAUUAUGGUUAUAUUAUUAUUGUUUGGAAAAGAAAACUUUCAAGACAGAAGGUUUUGCUUGUCACUGCUUAUUUAACUUAUCAAACAUAUUUAUUGGUGAUCAUAUGCAUUUUUUGUUAAUUUUGUUUGUAUUUAUCUUAAUGAAACGAUAGAAUAUAUUUUCUUUUAUGUUAAAUUAUGAUCUUCUGUAUUAAUCUUAAGAUUGUGAAGACUUGUCAACUCUUUUUUUUUUUUU